UUAAGUGUAUUUCUGUUCUCUUCACUCUUAGAUGCCCAGGGGCAAAGGUUACAGACGGUCUGAAGCUGCGAAGCUGAGGCUCACUGGGCGCCGCCAGGAUCCGGAAGUGCGAUUUGGCAGUACCACCUUUAAAGCACUCCGUGGUACAGGGUACCGCCAUCCGGUUCUGAGCUGGCCAACUUCACCGUUCACAGACAAGAGCCAUAAGUUGGUUGUACCAGCUCACUCCCCAGACAAAAAGUUCAUUCUGGUUGUUGGGGACUCUCAUCUACGUGCACUGGUAGAUGGGUUCGUCCAGAUGCCAGAGGGAUGCUUGUCCUUUGGCUUCAUGUCAACGCCGGGGGCCUCAGCAGCGCAGCUGAGGACUGAGGUUGAACACGCUGUUCUCCCUCAGAUCCCAGAGGCAGUCUGUCUGUUGGCUCCUGGCAAUGACUUGACUGCCAGCCAGACCAUUGAGGAAGCUGCAAAGGAGUUCAGGAGGCUCCUGUACUCCAUUUGCAAGCGCUGGCCAAAUGUGUGUGUCCUGGAUUUCCCCCGGCGCCUGACCAUGACCAUGGACCACCAGAAACUUCUGAGCCAGGAGUACCAUCGUGUUGCAGCACGGAUGGGAAUCCGCUACUUGGACACUGAUUCCCAUUUCCCCACGUGCCACCGAGAACUGUGGUGCAGUGAUGGUGUUCACCUCAGUGACAGUGACGGAAUGCCCAUUCUGUCACAGCUGCUCUGGACGGCUGCCUACCUGCAGCUGAAUGAGACAGUGCCAGAGCCAGAGGUCCCAGCAAGGUCGUCACUCCCUGUUCCUCAGCACCUCCCCCAGGUGGUUGAGACACCCUCAGAGUGGACAGUCGUUAGACCACGCAGGAAGACGACGCGACCAGCUGACCUUGAUGGGCCCAGUGCUGUUAAAAAGAGAGUGGUUGAGCAGGAGGGGAACGUGGUGCUGAAGGAAUGUUCUGUCGUGCUAAAUCCUGUGAGGUUCAGCAGAGAACUCCUGGAUGUGUUGGGAGAUGGAAAUGUUCCUGCUCCUGUUUCCAAACCAUUUCCGGCACAGCAGAAGAAAACUGUGAGACAACGUCGGCCAAGAACUGUUGCCUCCCAGAAGAGGGUGAUCGAGUCAGAGGAGGAAGGACCUGUGCUGGUGGCCAAGACUUCUCCCAUCCCAUCGCCUGUUCGUGUUGCUACAGUGAUGGAGAAGGCCAGCAAACCUCCUUCUGAUCAGUCACUGGAAAACACCAGGAAGACAACCCGACCAGCUGACCUUGAUGGGCCUGGUUCUGACAAUAAGAGAGUGGUUGACCACGAGAAGACUGUGAGGGAAUGUUGCCCAAGAGCUGUUGCCUCCCAGAAGAGGGUGAUCAAUCCAAAGGAAGAGGGAACUGUGCUGGUGGCCAAGUCUUCUCCCAUCCCAUUGCCGAUCUGUUUUGGUACAGUGACUGAGCUGGAUUUACAGACGAUCCGACCAGCUGACCUUGAUGGGCCUGGUUCUGACAAUAAGAGAGUGGUUGACCACGAGAAGACUGUGAGGGAACGUUGCCCAAGAGCUGUUGCCUCCCAGAAGAGGGUGAUCAAUCCAAAGGAGGAAGGACCUGUGCUGGUGGCCAAGACUUCUCCCAUCCCAUCGCCUGUUCGUGUUGCUACAGUGAUGGAGAAGGCCAGCAAACCUCCUUCUGAUCAGUCACUGGAAAACACCAGGAAGACGACCAGACCAGCUGACCUUGAUGGGCCCAGUGCUGCUAAAAAGAGGGUCGUUGAGCAGGAGGGGAACGUGGUGCUGAAGGAAUGUUCUAUCAUGCUAAAUCCUGUGAGGUUCAGCAGAGAACUCCUGGAUGUGUUGGACAAUGGCGAUGUUCCUGCUCCUGUUUCCAAACCAGUUCCAGCACACCAGAAGAAGACUGUGAGGGAACGUCGCCCAAGAGCUGUUGCCUCCCAGAAGAGCCUGAUUGAGCCAGAGGAGCGAACCAUGGACCAGCAGGUCGAGGUUGUGCGGCAGGCAGAGGAUGUGCAGCAGGGCUGUGAUGCAGACAGAACACCAGUGGACCACGUGGAUGACAAUGAUACUCCCACUUCGUCUGAUGCCGCCCAUGAUGUCCAGGAUCACGUGAAAUGUGACCAUGUCAGGUCUUUUAUUCGUGGGUCAUUUAAUCAGGGCAAUCCACGUUUUGGUGAAAACAAAGGGAAGCAAUGUGCCACAAAUAGUAUCACUGCAGUUAUGACUAAUGUGUUAAAGAGUGCUUGGACUUGGACAACGACUGACCUGGACAAUGUUUUGGUGAAUGGUAAUGACUUGUACACUUACGUGAAGGACAAGCACAAGGUUAGUGUUUUAGAAGGUAAAGGUUACAUUUUGGUGAAAGAGCUGCCUACAGAGUAUGAGUUACUUGACAAAAAGUUUUGUUUGGAAUACAUGGAGUCAUUAAGUGGACACAUUGAUGUAGAAGAGUAUCACCCUGCUGUUCAGGAUUAUGUCAUGCCUCUAGAUGUUGCUUUCCAGAGGGCCAUGCUUAAUGCAGAUGCUUGUUUGUUGAACAUCAAGAAGAAUAUCUGUGCGGUUCUUAAGCAACGGGAUCAGUUUGCCGUGUUUGAUCCACACGCACGUGGUGCUGAUGGUGGUUUGCAACAUGAUGGCACUAGCAUUGUUGCAUGCUAUGAUACACUGGAUGCAGUCUACACACACAUCACCAACCUUGUACACUCACUAUAUGUGAAUGCUGCACCUGAUAGUGUAAAGCCUUUUGAAGUCACUGGUGUUAAGGUUGUUGUUGUAUCAUCACAGACAGUGACAGAGGCAGCAGAUCAUGAGCAGCAGUCUGAAACAGGGACAGAUGAGACUGAGCAGCAGUCUGAAGCAGGGAUAGGAUCAGAUGAGACUGAGCAGCAGUCUGAAACACUGACAGAGGCUGAUGACAUUGAUGAAUCAUCAGUUUGUUUAGUGUCUGAGACAAAUGCCAGCAAUGUAACAUUUAAGUGUUUGACAUUAGCCGACAAAAGGAGAAUCUGCACCAAACUUGACAUUGUGCCCAGUUUGAGUUGUGAGGAUGUUGUUGCUGAUUGUUUAGAUAUUGAACAGCCACAACCAUGUACUACCAUUGACAUUCAGGGAGAUGGUAAUUGUUUCUUUCGAUCUCUGUCAUAUGUCUUUAGUGGUCUCGAGUCACAUCAUAGAACUGUUCGCUUAGCUGUUGUGAAGCAUGUUGAACAGAAUCCUGAUGUGUACCGUAAUGUUGUUAGAGAACAGUUUACGUCUGUUCAGCAGUAUGUUAAUGAUUCGCGCAUGAAAUAUGUUGGUACUUGGGCUACGGAAGUUGAAAUUCAGGCUGCUGCAAAUUUGUUUAAUGUUGACAUUUAUACAUAUAGUGAGCAGAAGUGGUUAAAGUACGGUUCAAGUGGUGCAGCAGCUAGAAACAAAGCGAUUUAUAUCAAACACUGCAAUGAAUGUCAUUAUGAACCCAUUGAAUGUGUGAAAGAUAUCUCUGGUAAAUGUUUUAGUUUAAGAACCUUGGGUGAAACUAACCAUGGAAAGUCGAGAUCUGAUGUCAUUUCCACUCCUAAAGCUUGUAAUAAGAAGCAGAAGAGAGAAGAGAGGAAGAAAUAUGCUGAUAACAGUGAAUUUAGGCAAUGUAAAAUAAUGAAAGUACAACAGAGAUAUUCAACUGACAGUACAUAUAGACAAAAACUACAGCAGGCUAGUGUUAAUAAGUAUGCUACAAAUGAAGAACACAAAGUUAAGAUUAUAAAAGCUAUUAAAGAUCAAUAUUCUACCAAUGAGCAGUUUAGAGCAAAGGUAAUACAGAGGGGUGUACAGAAAUACGCUUCAGAUGAGCAGUUUAGAGCAAAAGUAAUACAGAGGGGUGUACAGAAAUACGCUUCAGAUGAGCAGUUUAGAGCAAAAGUAAUAAAGACAAGUGUACAAAAAUACGCUUCAGAUGAGCAGUUUAGAGCAAAAGUAAUACAGAGGGGUGUACAAAAAUAUGCUUCAGAUGAUCAUGUCAGAGCUAAAUUUAAACAUGGGAGCAUUUCAAAAUAUGCCAGUUCUCCUGGGCAUCGUGCUCAAGUUAAACAAUAUGGCGUUAAAAAGUAUAAAUCAAACGCAGUGUAUGCCCAGUCUAUAAAGAAGCGCAACCAGGAAAAAAGACUUAAUGACAUUCUGAAAAAACAUGAUAUUGAUUUUGUUAUUGAACAAUUUAGAGAAAUGGUUAAACAGGGGCCAAAAUAUGUUUGCUGUGUCUGUCAUAAAUUAUUGUUCCAACGUCAGGUACUUGAAUGUAAUAAAGAACGUUAUGAAAAGAAGGGAGCUGCAGUAGCUGCAGUAGCAGAUAAAUGCAUAACUUUAACAUAUCUUCAUCAAUGUGGUGAUAAAUGUACUGCAGACUGCACUGUAAAGUUGACACAUGUUGGCAAACUGUGGAUUUGUCAUGGCUGCAACAGCAAAAUAAUUUGUGGAAAAGUACCUGAUCAAAGUGUAAUUAAUAAUCUGCAAUUAGAUCCUAUUCCACAAGAACUCAAUACACUAAACCCUUUAGAACAGCAUUUAAUAGCACCGCAUAUUCCCUUCAUGAAGCUAGUAGCUCUACCCAAGGGAGGACAAAAUGGCGUCCACGGUCCUGUGACCUGUGUUCCAUCAAACACCAAUGCUGUUAAUGUGCUUCCUAGGUUAGAAAAUCAGGAUUUAAUGAUUCGAGUUAAAUUAAAAAGGAAACUCUCCUACAAAGGACAUUAUGAAUAUCAAUAUGUCAACACAAGUAAAGUUCAUAGUGCACUGGAAAACUUAAAACAGAAUAACAAAUGGUAUAAAGAUGUGGAAAUUAAUACUGAUUGGACAAAUCCGCUUGAAAAAGACACAAAUGAUGAUGAUAAAAUGGACGACGCUGAAGAUUUCGACACACAGGACGAGCACAUUAAUGACCAGCAGCAGCAUGGCAUGUACUUGGACACAUGUAUGCAGCCAGUAGAUGUUGCACAGGAAGUACUGGAUCACCAUUUUGACAGUGUUCUAUCAGUAGCCCCAGCAGAAGGUAACACUCCUGUACGUUUGCUUACAGAUGUCAGCAAUGAGGCUAAAUGUUUUCCUGCUCUCUUCCCAAAGGGAACUGGUACUUUUCAUGACACCAGACCGCACAAGUUGACACUGAGUCGCUAUCUAAAUGCUAGAAUUCUUAAUGCUGAUGGUCGAUUUGGCAGUAAUGUAGAGUACAUCUUUUAUGCACAGUACUUAUCAGAAAUUAAUCAAGUUGUGUCAAAUGUUUCUAUAGCAUUAAGAAAAGGGCAUCAUGGAGGAGAGAGCAGUCAGAUUACAUCCUCAAUGCUUGCUAGUACAGACUUUGUAAAUAAUGUGCUACGUUGUGACAUGGGCUACAAAUUUCUGAAACCUAUACGUGGAACACCUGUCUUUUGGCAGCGAGUCCAGAAAGACUUGUUUGCUAUGGUCAAGCAGCUCGGUAUUCCUACCUGGUUCUGUUCCUUUUCAUCAGCAGAUUUACGUUGGACAGAAUUGAUGCAAACUUUUAUGGAAGUGCAAAAUGUUCAAGGCAAUGUAGAUGAGAUGGACUGGUCCCAAAAAUGUAAUUUGCUCAACAAUAAUCCUGUCACAGCAGCAAGAAUGUUUGACCAUAGGUUUCGUUCUUUUCUACACGACGUGAUCAUGUCUCCUGCUCAGCCAAUCGGUAAGAUUAUUGACUACUUUUAUCGUGUUGAGUUUCAGCAGCGUGGAUCUCCACACACACAUUGCUUGUUUUGGGUGGAGAAUGCACCGAAGAUUGGCAGGAACACAGAUCAGGAGGUCAUAGACUUUAUUGAUAAAUAUGUAACAUGUGACCUCCCACCUGAAAGUGAUGAUCUGCAUGAGGUUGUGUCCAGUGUUCAAAUGCACAGCAAGAAACACUCUAAAAGUUGUAAAAAGAAGGGCACACCAUGCAGGUUUAAUUUUCCGCGACCUCCAAGCAACAAAACAUUUUUGUGUAAGGCAAAAACAGAGCAGCAGCAACAACAGCAGCAGCAAGAGCAACAGGAUAACUCUAACGGAGCACAGCAGCAAACUGAUGUUAAAACAACUGACCCAGCGACAGUAGCAAAAGAGAUCAUCAGGAAAGUUAAAGUCGCUCUUUCAAAUGAAGAAGCAACCUUUGACAGUGUUGAUGCUCUCUUUAGCUCCAUGGGUAUCGAUCAGUCAGUGUUUGAAAAGGCUAUGCAGUUAACUACCAAAAAAACUAGCGUCGUUCUUAAACGAAAUGUCGAUGACGUUUGGGUAAAUCAAUACAACAAAGAUCUCUUGCGUUGUUGGAAUGCAAAUUUAGACAUUCAGUUUGUAUGUGAUGCAUAUGCCUGUGUAGUAUAUAUCAUCUCCUAUAUAUCAAAAGCAGAAAGGGAAAUGGGUUUGCUACUUAAACAUGCACAGAAUGAGGUGAAAACAAAGGAAAAUGUUGAUGCAAAACAGGCCCUUAACAAGUUAGGAAGUGUUUUUUUGCAUAAUAGAGAAGUAUCUGCCCAAGAAAGUGUAUAUCGUCUCACCAACAUGCGAUUAAAGGAGUGCUCCAGAAAUGUCGUAUUUGUUCCAACCGGAGACAAUAUAGUCAGGAUGAGUCUUCCUCUCAAUGUAAUUCAGAAGAGAGCAGAACAAGAAGACCUUAACUCGGACAAAAUCUGGAUGACCAGCAUUACUGAUCGUUACAAAAGCAGACCUAAAACAGAUGAGUUUAAAGACAUGUGUCUCGCUAGUUUUGCUUCAGAAUACAGAGUUGUGCCCAAAAGUGAAAAAUGUCAAAAGAAUGUGAUUAAACUGGGUAAUGACUGUGGUUUGGUAAAAAAGAGGACGAGGACAAAUGCGGCUGUUGUGAGAUAUGCUCGCUUCUCUCAAACAGAAUAUCCUGAAAAGCACUAUCAAAGCUUGCUUCAGCUGUUCUUGCCUCAUUAUACAGACCAACAGGUGAAACCCAAACAGUUUGUAUCCUUUCAAGAGUUUUACAACACUGGUUCUGUCACCACCAGCAGGAAUGAACUUAAAUCUGUAAAAGAAGUGGUUGAUUUGAACAGGUCCAAGUUUGAAAAAGAAGCUAAAGCACUGGAACUCUGUGAAGAAGCCUUAGAAUGUGAUGGCUUCCCAGAAGACGCUUGGGCUGAUCUAUGUCCUGAAGCAGAACUAGAACGAUUAGAAAGUGUGGAGGAAAUGACUGCUAACAAAGACUUGUUUCCUACGGAAAGAGACGUUAUUCCAGAUUUACAACCAGAAACAACACCUGUGUCCAUAGAGUUCCCAAAACAGAAAAUGAGUCAUUCUGAAGCGCAAACUAUCAUGAGAUCUCUGAAUGAGCUACAGUCACAGGUGUUUUACACAAUACAGAAGUGGUGCUUGGAUACAGUAAACGGUCACAAUCCUGCACCUUUUCAUGUCUUCCUUUCGGGCGGGGCGGGCACAGGCAAAUCCCACUUGAUUAAAGCUUUGUACUACGAGGCCACAAGACUGUUAGCCAGACUGUCACAUAAUCCAGAUGCCGUUCAUGUUUUGCUUACUGCUCCUACAGGUGUAGCUGCUUAUAACAUUAAUGCUACUACAAUACACAACACCUUUGCUAUCCCUACUAAUGUGUCAUUGCCGUAUCAGCCACUAAAAGAGGAAAAAGUCAAUACUUUAAGAGCUGCUUUGAGAGAUCUCAAAAUAUUGAUCAUUGACGAAAUUUCCAUGGUUGAUCACAAAUUACUGGCAUACAUACAUGGCAGAGUGAGGCAAAUUAAACAAUCUGGCGACUUUGCUCCCUUUGGUAAUGUGUCUGUAAUAGCUGUUGGAGAUUUUUACCAGCUUCCGCCGGUAAAAGGAAAACCUCUUUACACAGACCAAGCAGGGAUCGACCUAUGGGGCAGUACGUUUAAACAUGUAGAGCUGACAGAAAUAGUGCGACAGAAAAAUCAAGACUUUGCUGUGACACUAAAUCGCAUCAGAAAACAUAAAAAAGGAGACAAACUCAACGCCCAAGAUGAAAAACUGUUAAAACAAUGUCAGACUGGCGUGGGUGAUGACACAGAGGACCUUCACAUUUUUGCAACAAACAGUGACGUAGAUGCCCACAACUUUAAGAUGUUACACAAGGUAUGUUCAGAUGUUGUCCAGAUUAAAGCACAGGACUUUGAGAAAAAUCCUCAAACAGGACGAUUUGCCCAAAAGACAACUUCACAUGCUUUCAACAAACACACACAUUUAAGUGCAUUGUUGAGUAUCGCUCCAAACGCUCGUGUUAUGCUCAUUAAAAACAUAGACACUUGUGAUGGUCUUGUUAAUGGAGUCCUUGGCACUGUUUCUCUUAUCAAAUGUGAUGAGAAAACCAAAGUCCCAAAACUUAUCUACGUGAAAUUUGAUGACGACAGGAUUGGCAGUAAAUUAAGAGCUAAAUUUCCUUGUACAGUGCCUGGUCUUCAAAACGCCACACCGGUUGGGCUUGACGAAGACAAAGUCCCCUACAGAGGUGGAAUUAGACGACAGUUUCCCUUGCGUCUAGCAUGGGCUUGCACAAUCCAUAAAGUGCAAGGCUUAACGUUAGAGAAAGCAGUGGUGUCCUUUAAAAAGAUUUUCUCUGCUGGCCAAGCUUACGUCGCUUUAAGCCGCGUUACAUCUAUAGAGAAUCUUAUUAUUCAGGAUUUUAAAGCCACUGCUAUUUAUGCAAAAACAGACAUAGAUGAUUGUUUGCAGAAAAUGGGAAACUACAUUGAGACUCCAUUAACAAGACCAGAUGCCUCUCUGAAAGUCUGCUUACUUAAUAUCCAAGGCUUACAAGCACACAUAGCAGACCUGAAACACGACCGCAGGAUGUUAGAUGCUGACUUGCUGUGUCUCACAGAAACAUGGCUGCAACACAACACAGCACAGGGUAACAUUGACAUGGCAGGAUGGACAUUUCACUGUAAAGCGAGGUCCCAAUCCUACAGUAACCAGGGAGCUUUUUCUGCUUUACAGAAGCAACAGCAUGGCGGUGUUGGCUUUUAUCAUAAAAACCACAUCAUUUCCAACAUUAUCAAUCUGCCAUGCAGUGAGUUGGAAGCAAUAAUUUUUAACAUUCAGCCUAUGAACCAUAAUUACAUAGUGCUGUACAGACCACCAUCAUACCAAAUUAGCCUGUUUAAACAAAACCUCAGUGCUGUAGUCAGUCACUUUAAUGCAUUAUCAGGAGGUAAAAUAAUAAUGGGCGACUUUAAUGAUAAUGCUGUUGUGUCAAAGUCUAUGGAGAACUUCAUGACACAACAUGGCUACAGUCAAAUCGUUACUUGUCCGACAACAGAGAACGGUACACUGAUUGAUCAUGUUUACAUUAAAGAUAUCGACGCUGCAACUGUCGAAAUCCAACUGAUGUCAACAUACUACAGUUACCAUGAAUGCCUUUGUAUUCAUUUUAAGUAGGGCAAACAACAUUCAGCUCUGAAGGUGGAAAGUCUGUAGUACCGCAUGGGGUGGGGCUCUUUUAUUGAGCUUAUGAAAUUUUUCAUGUGUUAGCAACCCUCAUCAUGCACUUGAGAUAUCAUUUCUGGGUUCAACUUCAUGCAGAUGCUUGUAUGAAUCAGUUUUAUAGUGCAGGGGAACAUUAUAACCGGUAUGUUAUUUAUAUGUUAUUAUAAGUGACGACAGACGUGUCCCUAACUGUUUUACACUUCAGGACCUGUGUGAAAAUGUGUGGGGUUUUUUGAGUUAUAUGUUUACAGGAGUGCAACAAGCAGUUGGAGCAGAAUGAUUGACCAACCAAGAGGCCACAGACCGACCCGAUCCAGAAAAAGGCCAGAGAGUCCCAGACUGUCAAUAAACCUAAAGACAUGCAGAAGCAGACACGAUUGAUUCCCUGCUUUCAGAGGUCCAGCGAAGAGAAACACAUCAUAGGGAGCUGGCAGAAAAGGAAGCUGAACUGAAAGAUGACGCCCCAAGAGGAACAGCAAGCAUAUGGCCCACACAAGAACAAAAGGAAGAAAGACAACAGAAACAGGACAAACAGUGACUACAGACACUGAGCAGCCUCCUCUGCUCAAGGACAAUGACUACAAAUUGAACAUUUAAUAAAAAGGCACACAUGUGAUUUCUUGCUCUGUCCUAUCUCCUUCUCUUUCUGUCCCCUCACCCCAACCGGAAUAGCAGAAAGCCGCCACCUCUGAGCCUGGUUCUGCAAAGGUUUCUUCCUGUUAAAAGGGAGUUUUUCCUUUCCACAGUCGCUUAUGCUUGCUCAUGUGGAUCUGUUGGGUCUGCUGCAAUUGGCACUUUAUAAAUAAAGCUAAAUUGAACUAAAUACAAUGUGUUUUUUUCUUUUUUCUUAUCACUUGACAAUUGUCCUAUUACAUUGAAUUUUUUUCCCUUGUUUGGGUGUGUAAUUACAUGUAUUUUUGCACAACUUUUAAAAACUGCUCAUUUUCUAACAUUUCAAGGUCUUGUGAAUGUAAAAUCCAAAAACAGAUGUCUUAUGUGUCCUAUCUGUUCAGUUGUAGACUUGUUUUUAUGUACAUAUUGCUUAUGCUAGUUGAAAGAGGUCAUGUGUCUCAAAUCUCAUGUUCUUUGAUCUCAGGAUACUUGAUUUUAUACAUACAUGGUUUUUACUAUAGAUCUUCUGCAAUAGUUUUACAGAAAUGUUACAAAAUUAAGUUCUCUACAUCUGACAUGACUGAAGUUUCCAUGUGUGAAGCCUUA